AUGGAGAUUCCACAUCAAGUAGGGUUAGGACAUUUUUAUCAUAUCUUCUAUGAAGGAUGUCUCACUGAUCACGAAGUCGGAGAAGAUGAAGAAGCAUCAAGUCUCUAUCCAGAAGUCAAGUACAAGCGCAUGGAUGAUUAUUUACGAAUGUUCCUAUGA